GCUAGUAUUACUAACACUCAUUCCUGUGUUGAGUAUAUAGUCUUGGCCAGUCACAACACGAGGAAGAUAACCAAUCAGAACGUUCGGUAAAACACAGUCGGAAUUGGCGACGCCCGCUCCGCCCACUCUGCCACCAGACCUCGUGGCGUGGUGAACGAUCUGUGCUAGGAGCUUCAUCAUGUCGGUCCAUUUCACGGAGGAUUGCGGGGACAUCCGUCGGUACACCUUCCGUCGCAUCAAAACUUCGACGAUCCGCUUCCAGGUGAAGGCUGCUCAUGAUGUGGCUGUCUGUCUAUCAUCUGAUGAUGAGGAGGAACCUGAGGACAUGUACGAGAUCUUCAUUGGGUGUUGGGGCGGUGGAGAGUCUGGUAUCCGUCGCAAGAAGCACGAUGAUGUCUGCCGGAUUGAGACGCCAGACAUUGUGACCGAUGAAGAGUUCAUCGGCUUCUGGAUUAAGAUUCAACAUGGAGUUAUCAAGGUUGGACGCUCUGGGCACAAGCACGCAUUCAUGUCGUACUCUGACCCUGAGACGCUCUUGCAUGCCACCUGGUAUGGCUACUCGACAGGAUGGGGCGCUGAGGGAGAGUGGAUCUUCCCUGAUGACGACGACGACUCCUCUUCGUCCUCUUCAGCCAUGUCCUCUUCAGACUCGGAAGCUGAAGACCUCAAUGAUCUAGACGAUAGACCCAUCCAUUAUAAGCGACCAGCUCGAUGGGUGCCAGCCAAGGGCGGGUACUUCCCCCAUCACCCAGUGUCUGGGGGUGAAGGUCCUGAUGGAGAGGUGUAUGUAGGUAUGGCUCACCACGAGGGAGGAUACAUCCUGGGCAUGGUCGUCCCGGAUCACGGCUGCUGCUACAUACCCUUUGGUGGAGAGGCUGUCCCCAAAUCCGAGUACUUUGUUCUGAGUAACCCUGGGAGUGUAACACUAACUUGGGAGGCUGGCAGCAAGGGUAAGGUGCCCUCAGGUGCCCUACAAGGUGGAGUCUCGGAGGAUGGAGAGAGCCUCUUCAUUGGUCGCGUGUGUGUCGAUGGUGUGGUCUCUGUGGGCAAGGUUCAUCCAAGUCAUGAGGUGUGUUACUUACCUUAUGGUGGCAGCGAACACGCCCACAAAGACUACGAGGUUCUCUGUGUCCGUCAUGUUCUCUGCAAGGUCUAGACUAAGCCCUCUCGAGGUCUAGGCAACACCAUUUCUUGAGGUCUGUCAUAUCUGCUUCAUUGAGGCCAUACCUUCCUGGGGACUCAAGUAUACAGUAUUCCAAGAAGUUAAAUUCAAAUCCUUCCCUUGCCUGGUAUUGUACUGUUGCCACUGAGUUUUUGGCCACUUGUAUUUUAUCUAAUUCUCUGGUUUUAAACACGUUCAUAGGCCAAACCUGAUAUGGUGUCCAAAAUUUUUUGUUUAUGCUUUAAAAGGAUCAACACUUCAAAAAGCAAGUUAUUUGUUAGAACCUUUGGUCUCGUAGAAAAGUCUCUUUAGACAUUACAAAAUUUGGUUGAGAAAGUAAUAAAUGUUUGUUAGUUG